AUGUCCAAGCUUGUCACCGUUUUCGGCGCGACCGGGCAACAGGGCGGCUCCGUGAUCCGCACUAUCCUGAACGAUGAAACGUUAUCGAAAGAGUUCAAGAUCCGGGGGAUUACUCGUGAUACUUCGAAGCCAGAGGCUCAGGCCCUACUGAAGCAAGGCGUUGAGCUUGUCUCAGCCGACCUAGCUUCGAAAGACUCCCUGGUAAAAGCCAUCCAAGGAAGUCAUACAGUCUUCCUCGUCACGACUCCAGAAUGGGGCGCAGCCGGGUCCGAAGCCGAACUCACGCACGGCAAAAAUGUCGCCGACGUAGCCAAGCAGACGGGCGUGCAGCAUCUCAUUUUCUCGUCCCUGUUGGACGUCACCAAGGAAACGGGUGGCCGACUGAAGCAUGUGCCCCAUUUUGAUCAGAAAGCGCACGUUGAGGAGUAUAUCCGGUCCAUCGGUGUUCCGGCGACGUUUGUGCUGCCUGGGUAUUUCAUGAAUAAUUAUACGCAAUAUGGGAUGUUGAGGAAGGGGGAGGAUGGUGUUUACACCUUGGUUUAUCCUGUUGGCGAGGAUGCGAAGUUCCCGCUUGUUGAUAUUGUGGCUGAUAUGGGUAAAUACGUCGCUGCUGCCCUGAAGAACCGGUCCGAGGUGCUUGGUGCCCAAAUCUUUGCUGCGGCGGAUUACUACACUCCCACUCGGAUUCUUGCCGAGUUCGAGGAGGUUACUGGGCAGAGGACUCGGUUUGUGCGGGUGGACUCUGAGACUUACAAGGGGUUUAUUCCUGGGCCCAUGGGUGAGGAGAUGUUGGAGAAUCAUCUGUUCAUCGAGAGUCCUGGUUACUAUGCGGGUCGGAGUUUGAAGGGCAGUCUUGAGCUACUUGAAAAGGCUGGGUACAGACCCACCACCUGGAAGGAGUUCUUGGAGCAGAACAAAGCUUCGUUCUAG